GCGGAGGAGGCUCGGCGCCCCCCUCCUGCCCCCCCUCCCCCGGUGCUGGCUCCAUGUCUGUGUGACCGGCCGCAGGGGUAGAAUUCAGGCCCGACGCGGGGCAGGCGGCGGCGGCGGCUGAGGUAAGAGGCGGCGGCGGCGCGGCUCGGGCACCGGCCCCCCAGCGGGAGGAUGAAGCGGCGGAACGCCGACUGCAGUAAGCUCCGCCGCCCCCUGAAGCGGAACCGGAUCACCGAGGGUAUCUACGGCAGUACAUUUCUAUACCUGAAAUUCCUGGUAGUGUGGGCACUUGUCCUCUUGGCCGACUUUGUCCUGGAGUUCCGAUUUGAAUAUCUGUGGCCAUUCUGGCUUUUCAUCAGAAGCGUCUAUGAUUCCUUCAGAUACCAGGGACUGGCCUUCUCAGUAUUUUUUGUUUGUGUAGCAUUCACUUCAAAUAUCAUAUGUCUCCUCUUCAUUCCCAUACAAUGGCUUUUUUUCGCUGCUAGCACAUAUGUAUGGGUCCAGUACGUAUGGCACACAGAAAGGGGAGUGUGUUUGCCUACAGUGUCCCUCUGGAUACUCUUUGUUUAUAUUGAAGCAGCAAUUAGAUUUAAAGAUCUGAAAAAUUUUCAUGUAGACCUUUGUCGACCAUUUGCUGCUCACUGUAUUGGGUACCCUGUGGUGACUUUGGGCUUUGGCUUCAAAAGUUAUGUGAGCUACAAAAUGCGGUUAAGGAAGCAGAAGGAAGUUCAGAAGGAGAACGAGUUUUACAUGCAGCUGCUUCAGCAGGCCCUCCCUCCAGAGCAGCAAAUGUUGCAGAAGCAGGAGAAGGAGGCCGAGGAAGCAGCCAAAGGAUUGCCGGACAUGGAUUCCUCGAUCCUUAUACACCACAACGGAGGCAUCCCAGCCAACAAAAAACUUUCCACAACAUUGCCAGAGAUAGAAUAUCGAGAAAAAGGGAAAGAGAAGGACAAGGAUGCCAAGAAACACAACCUUGGAAUAAAUAACAACAACAUUCUACAACCUGUAGACUCUAAGAUACAAGAGAUUGAGUAUAUGGAAAACCAUAUCAAUAGUAAAAGAUUAAACAAUGAUCUUGUGGGAAGUACAGAAAAUCUCUUAAAAGAGGACUCAUGCACUGCUUCCUCAAAAAAUUACAAAAAUGCCAGUGGAGUUGUGAACUCCUCGCCUCGAAGUCACAGCGCUGCAAAUGGAAGCAUUCCUUCCUCGUCUAGUAAAAACGAGAAGAAACAGAAGUGCACCAGCAAGGGCCCGAGUGCACACAAGGACUUAAUGGAGAACUGUAUUCCUAACAACCAGCUGAGCAAACCAGAUGCGCUGGUAAGGCUGGAACAAGACAUUAAAAAGCUAAAGGCUGACCUGCAAGCCAGCCGGCAAGUGGAGCAGGAGCUGCGCAGUCAGAUCAGCUCCCUCUCAAGCACAGAAAGAGGGAUCCGCUCAGAAAUGGGCCAGCUCCGGCAGGAGAACGAGCUGCUGCAGAACAAGUUACACAAUGCUGUGCAAAUGAAGCAAAAAGACAAGCAGAAUAUCAGCCAGCUGGAGAAGAAGCUAAAAGCUGAGCAGGAAGCCCGGAGCUUUGUAGAAAAGCAGCUAAUGGAGGAGAAAAAAAGGAAGAAGUUAGAAGAAGCCACAGCUGCACGGGCUGUUGCCUUUGCUGCUGCAUCUAGGGGCGAGUGCACCGAGACCUUACGGAGUCGGAUCAGAGAGCUGGAAGCUGAGGGCAAGAAGCUCACAGUGGACAUGAAGGUGAAGGAGGAGCAGAUCAGGGAGCUGGAGCUGAAGGUUCAGGAGCUUCGGAAGUACAAAGAAAAUGAGAAGGACACCGAGGUAUUGAUGUCAGCCCUCUCCGCCAUGCAAGACAAAACACAACACCUAGAGAACAGCCUCAGUGCAGAGACAAGGAUCAAGCUGGAUCUGUUCUCUGCACUUGGUGAUGCAAAGCGGCAGCUCGAGAUUGCCCAGGGGCAAAUCCUUCAGAAAGACCAGGAAAUCAAGGACCUAAAACAGAAGAUAGCCGAAGUUAUGGCCGUCAUGCCCAGCAUAACAUACAGUGCCACCACCAGUCCCCUGAGCCCCGUGUCCCCCCACUACUCUUCCAAGUUUGUGGAGACCAGCCCCUCUGGACUUGAUCCUAAUGCCUCUGUCUACCAGCCCCUGAAGAAAUGAAGGCCAACUGUGUGCUUGCCCAACAUUUGGAACCAGAAGGCUUCGAAAAGCAGCGUCUCUGGCAGUCAAGAUAAAAAAGUUGAUAGUGUGUUUUGUGGGACUGUAUAUGUUGUCGUUUUUAAAGGGGGGAAAUAACAUCCAAGUCUGAUUAGAACCGCCCAUCAGUUGUUCUUGGAAGUUUUUAGAAGACCUCACAGGACUUUGCAGUUUAUUUUUCUUGGCCAACACAUUAAAACCAUUCUUGGAUUUCAAGUAGCCAAUUUUGCCUUUUUAUGUAUUUUUACAGUUUCCUCUUGAAGAAAAAAAAAAGCAGAGUUUUUUGCUUUUCAACUCUAUUUUGUUCUUAAAUAAGCAAGAAAAUUGCACGUUGUAUUCACAGAUGACAACAAAAGCUUAGUUUCUAUAGAGCGUGAGAGGCUAAACAGCCUGACAGCUCUGAUUCCAUAGCUGCAUUAAAGAUGAUUAUUUCCAUUACAGAGAAAAGAGUGAUUGCCCCUCUAAGGACCAGACAGAUUGAGAGAGUGUCACUUAAGCUGAGAGACUUAGGGGCGAGGCUGGCUUGCAAGCGUGUGACCGUGUGUGUGGAGUAUUGACAUUUCCAUCGCUGUCAGCUCUAGAGCACAUCCAGAGCAGUCUUUGCAUUACCCUGUUAAAAGACAUUUCAAGAGGAAACUUGAUCAUUUUCCACUCUAUCCCCUCCCCCAUCCAUCCCCUUUCCGUCAUCUGUCUUCUGUUUGUCGAGUUCACUGCUGAUCUCGUUGUACAGUGGUAGGUGGUUGGGCUGCUGGUCACCACGCCACCACUUGGGGAUUUUUUCCACGGGAAGCACACACACAGAGUUCUGUGCUUGCUGCCAGCGAAGCACCUUAGGAGGCAACCUGCUGGGCAGGAGAGAGGCCUAAGAUUGGCUAAUCAAUCAAAGCUGUGUCUAGGUGCAGCUCCCACGUGUCAUUUGCUGCUUUCUUCACCCUCCUCAUCUUGUGUUUGAUGGUUUACAGGUGCCUGCAGUUCCUCAGCUCUUGUGCCAAGGAGGAGUGGUUGUUGGUUUUUUUUGUUUGUUUGUUUUGAAGACUUAAACUCUGCAGAAAGAUACUGGUUCAACUGUGUAUUAUACGUUGGUAGAAAGUAUCUGCACAGACCUUUGAGAGAGUGUUAAGAAUCAGGGAGCGGGAGGGCAGGGGAGAGGAGGGGCAAAGCAGAGUUGCGUUUUGAAAGCUGGGAAAAUUAAGAAACCAAAUCGAUAGGCUUUGCUUCCAUGCUGUGUGUUCUGGAAGGACAUGGCUCUAAAAUUUCCUGUUGAUUGGCAUGUAUAUCUCAUUUAAAGCAAAUUAGGUAGGACAAACCAGUCAGUAAAAUUAGAAGUAUUACAGAGAAUCAUCCUUUUAAUCACAGAUCUUAUUUUGGAGUAAAACAAACUUCUAGCUUUAGCCAGGUGUGCAUGUUGCUGCCAUUUGCAUUUCUGAAUCAUCUUGUGUAAAUGUCACCAUGAAAGUGUUACUCAGAAUUGUCAUAGUUUUUUUUUUUCCCCAUCUUUGUGCUAAAACAUGGAAAAUUGUCACUAUGUUGAUGAGGUUUCCCCCAUUCUGCUGCCUUUGGGACACUGUUUUCGUUAAACUUGGUCUUGGCUGCAUUCUUUUUUUUCCCCUGUGGGGUUCAAGAGAAUAAACAUUUUCUUACUGAUAAAA